AUGGCAGAAAGUUUUGCACGUGCAAAGUAUCCGCAAUUUAGUAUACAUUGGUACUUGGCGUUUCUGUUAGCAUGUUUUACAACAGCACAACAGGAGGGACGUUUGGAAUCAUUAUAUCGCAAUAUGCAAUACCCACCAGGGCAUGAACAAUAUAUCCCUGCGAUUACAUUACGGAGGUAUCUACAGUUUGCCGAGGCUGACGACGAUCCCUCAUACCGUCGUGUGAUCGGAUCACGACUAGACUUUGCCGACCUUGAACAAGUCAAAAUACUCUACUCCAAUCAAGUUGGAGGAGAACAAGUUUUCAACUUACCAAAAACAAUCAACAAUAUUUCUAAAAUCCAACGAGCAGACCUUGUUAUAAAGGAUUAUGAUCACAAUUUUGAACGAGUACGGGUGUCGCCUCCGACGGGAUCCCACACUCAAAAGCUUCACUUUUGGAAAAUCGCAAAGUGGACAGUCGAAGGACAUGCAUUAAAUGUCACACAUCGUCUAUAUCAUCAUCUUUCUAAUGGCCACAAAACAAUCAGAUUCAGAGUCUGUGUGAAAAAUAGAAAGCGAUAUCUGCGGUGUGGGCACUUCAAUAAAUUCUCCAUCGCCCUUGUUAUUCAAAUUAAUUUGCAUUUAGACUUUUGGAAGGAGUUUUCUAUGCAUACGCCUUAUACAGAUGUACUAGAUAAGCUUGUUGAAAGAGAAACAUAUCGAAUCAGAAUCAAAAGAUCUGAAAAUCAGGAAAUGACUGAGAUUCCCUCGCAGAACACGCCAGCACCAAUUGGAUCAUCAGCGGAACAUUUGGAGACAAACCUAUGUCAUGUGCACCCAUGGACAGUGAGUUUCACGGAAAUUGGUUGGAGUUAUGUUUCCAACCCUACAAGUUUCCAUGCAAAUGUUUGUGUUGGUGGCUGUCCGACGCCAUUAUAUGACCAUACCAGUAUGAAAUACUCCCAUCACUCGGGAGUUGUAGAUUUGUAUCGUAUGUACCAUAACGUGUCUAGGCAUGGCAUUCCACCAGAUGUGUGCUGCACAGCUUCGGAAAUGGCACCACUUUCCAUAAGUUACGUGGAAGAUGACGCUAACAUACUUGUUCGUCUAGAUGGAAUCAGGGUUACCGCAUGUAGUUGUCGCUAA